AUGGAAGGGGCGUGGCACGCAGGUAUGAGCAGUCAGAUGUCGCGUCAUGACGAAAUAAUCGCUGAGAUAACACGGCAGAUAAAGAAGCCGAAGUCUACUCAGAAGAAAUCGCAUCACCUCUGGACGUUGAAUCGGAAGCCUCCAAUUCCUUCGUGCUGUGGCCAGAGUGCCAGCUCGCCUGCUUGCCUCUUCGAUGGCAAAGUCAGGGAAAGUAGUAGCGGCUUGACGAGUUCUCGGGAAGACGUCAAAAGUCAACAGUCCGACGGAACCUGGACCACCUCCAGUAUGUCCUUGGCGACAAGAGACACGUCUGUGGCUCCGACACCAAUCCCCCCGGUAAAACUUACCCAAUGCAACACUAACUACGGAAAACUGCAAUCUACUGUUGCUUCGGAUCCAACGGAUAUCGAUAAGUGUACAGAAUUGGAAGCAAUGAAACAGGGGCUGGCUCGGAUUCAAGCUGGACAUGGAAGACCCUCUGACUUUCUGCCAGAGUAUCAGAAGCAAAAGGUGGAUCCUUAUCUUAGGAAGACCCUUGACGAAAUACGCCAGAGCAUCGUUGAGCUGUCAAAUGACGAUGCUCUUCAUCAGGAGGUACACCAGCUGAGGGAGAGUGUGAGAGAGCUGGCUCUCGAUCGACGCCGCCCAAACUCCGUAAGUAAACCCAGUAAAAGAGAAUCUCAAGUGGUGGGGAUUUUGAAGGACAUUCGAGACGACUUCAAAUCACUAAGACCGGGAGGAUCCGUUCAUGUUCCUGUUGGCCAAGACACCGCCAUCAUGAAGGAGUUGCAGGAAAUUCGUAAGACCAUCCACAUAUUGCAGGAUGCCGUGGACGAUGUUGCAGUUGAACCCCUUGUCGAACCCAAGGGAGAAAAUGCAGAGAUAAUGGAUGCUUUGCAUGACAUUCGCCAAAGUCUUCACCAAAUCAUCGAGGGUGGGGAGGCGGUGGAACAGGAGAAUGUGAACAAAGUGGAAGAAAACCCCGUCAUGGAGGCCUUGGAUGAAAUUCGCCAGAGUAUUCACGCGCUGACGGUCGAAAUGCAGGAGGAACCAGAAGAGCCCAUGGAUCAGGUAAUGCAAGCUCUGACAGACAUUAGACAAAGCGUCCAUAUCUUGACGGGCGAGGACACGCAGAACGACGACUCCCAUGCUUCGGCCACGAACGCAAUGGCUCGAGAACUGGGAGAAUUGCGAAAAACGGUGGAAAAGAUCUCGGAGCAGUUGUCGCCCAUCCCAAACGCAGGCCGAGGGGAGAAUGUUUCUGAGGUGUCGGAAGAAUCGACAUACAAGGACUCUUCAGCAACGAAGAAGAAGUCUAAGAUGAACAAAAGGAACAAGUCGAAGAGCAGGAAGUCUCGGCUCCCGAAGGACACCGGCGAUGAUAUUUUGGAAUUGGGGAGGGAGUGCUGUCAGGACUCCUGUAAACUUGGUUGUACCUGCGACCGGAUCAUCAAGUACCUCAUUGAUCAAAACAAUCCCUCAAAGGAGUUGGCGUCUGGGACACCAUCGAUUCACUACAUUGUCCCUCCAGUUACCCACCCUCCCACCUUCAUCGCACCCACCUACCGACCGCGAACAUUAUCAAUGCCACCUAUGAGGUACCCCCAAGCGCCUGGAGGUAUGACAGGUCUCCCUUUUCCGCAUCCCCAGCCAUUACAACUAACCUAUUCUGGCCAAAGCGGACCACCACCGCCACCGACCUCUAUGCCUCCAUAUGGUCCGCCGCCUCCACCUCAUCCAAGCUAUCCACCCUGCCAAUUUCCGCCACCGGCAAGCUUCCCUGCCCCCCAGCCUGGAUAUGCCGUGCCACCGUCGUUUAGCCAACCUCCUGGUUACCCACAACCUCCAGUACCGCCACCACCACCACCACAGCUGUCGAGGUCUGUGAAUUACGGCCAACCACCCUUCCAGCCGACGUCGAACGCACCCCCCGCCAACGCCUCCAAUCAAAUGGACCAACAGGACCACGUCUGCAAUAGGACGUCUUCAAGGCAGCAGCAGCCGCAGCCGCAGCCACCUGUGUUCAAUGCCACCCUCAAUGACCAGCCCAUGGCGUUCACAUUAAGUUUUGUUGGAUCUACCGAUGCUCCAGAGGAUUUAGGUAGCGCUCCAAAAUACGAAAAUCGUACAUUCCUUUGCACACAAGUGAACCAGUGA